AUGGAGAGCAGCGCCAGCAGCCCUCCACCCACACAGUCAGAUCCCCUGGAGGCGUUUCCCCGGAGGACGCUGGAAGCAGGGGACAUCGCAGUGCUGAUUCUGUAUUUCCUCUUUGUCCUGGCUGUCGGACUAUGGUCCACAGUGAAGACCAAAAGAGACACAGUCAAAGGCUACUUUCUAGCUGGAGGGAACAUGCUGUGGUGGCCAGUGGGUGCAUCCUUGUUUGCCAGCAAUGUUGGAAGUGGACAUUUCGUUGGCCUGGCAGGGUCAGGUGCUGCUGCGGGUCUUUCCGUAACUGCUUACGAGCUUAAUGGCUUAUUUUUCGUGCUGAUGUUGUCCUGGAUCUUCCUUCCAAUCUACAUCACUGGUCAGGUCACCACGAUGCCAGAAUACCUGCGGAAACGGUUUGGUGGCAACAGGAUUCCCAUCAUCCUGGCUGUGCUCUACCUGUUUAUCUACAUCUUCACCAAGAUCUCGGUUGACAUGUACGCAGGCGCCAUCUUCAUUCAGCAGUCUUUACAUGUGAAUCUCUACUUGGCCGUAGUCGGGUUGCUGGCCGUCACAGCUCUAUACACCAUUGCAGGUGGCCUGGCAGCUGUCAUCUACACGGACGCUCUGCAGACUCUGAUCAUGCUUAUAGGAGCGCUCAUCUUGAUGGGCUACAGUUUCGCUGCAGUUGGUGGGCUGGAAGGCCUGGAGGAGAAAUAUUUCUUGGCCAUGGCUAGUAACCGGAGUGGGAACAGCAGCUGCGGGCUGCCCCGGGAAGAUGCCUUCCAUAUUUUCCGAGACCCAGUGACGUCUGAUCUCCCGUGGCCCGGGAUUCUAUUUGGAAUGUCCAUCCCGUCGCUCUGGUAUUGGUGCACGGAUCAGGUGAUUGUUCAGCGGACUCUGGCUGCCAAGAACCUGUCCCAUGCCAAAGGGGGCUCUCUGAUGGCUGCUUACCUGAAGGUGCUGCCCCUUUUCAUCAUGGUGUUCCCGGGGAUGGUCAGCCGUGUCCUCUUUCCAGACGAAGUGGCCUGUGCAGACCCGGAAAUCUGCCGGGAGGUCUGUAGCAACCCCGCCGGCUGCUCUGACAUCGCGUAUCCCAAACUUGUGCUGGAACUCCUGCCUACAGGGCUCCGCGGGCUCAUGAUGGCUGUGAUGGUGGCAGCGCUCACGUCUUCCCUCACCUCCAUCUUUAACAGUGCCAGCACCAUCUUCACCAUGGACCUCUGGAACCAUCUCCGGCCUCGGGCAUCUGAGAAGGAGCUCAUGAUUGUGGGCAGGGUGUUUGUGUUGCUUCUGGUGUUGGUCUCCAUCCUCUGGAUCCCUGUGGUCCAGGCCAGCCAGGGCGGCCAGCUCUUCAUCUACAUCCAGUCCAUCAGCUCCUACCUACAGCCACCUGUGGCUGUGGUCUUCAUCAUGGGAUGUUUCUGGAAGCGGGCCAAUGAAAAGGGCGCCUUCUUCGGUCUCGUCUUAGGCCUCCUCCCGGGCUUGGUUCGGCUGAUCCUGGACUUCAUCUACGUGCAGCCUCGCUGUGACCAGCUGGAUGAGCGCCCGGCCGUGGUAAAGGAUGUCCACUACCUUUACUUCUCUAUGAUCCUGUCCUCGGUCACCCUGGUCACUGUGUGUGCCGUGAGCUGGUUCACAGAGCCGCCCUCCAAGGAAAUGGUCAGUCGUUUGACCUGGUUUACUCGCCACGACCCCGCGGUCCAGAAGGAACAGGUGCCAUCAGCAACUCCCCCGCCUCUCACCCUGUCUCAGAACGGGACACCAGAGGCCAGCGGCACCAACAUCCAGUUCGAGAUGGUUCAAGAAAACAUGUCCAAAACCCACAGCUGCGACACGACCACAAAGCGGUCCAAAGUGGUGAAAGCCAUCUUGUGGCUCUGUGGGAUGGAGAACAAGGGCAAGGAGCAGGCGCCGAGCAGAGUGGACCCAGUCAUAGUUUCCCUGGAAGAAAACCCCUUGGUGAAAACCCUUCUGGACCUCAGCCUCAUCAUUUGCAUCAGCUGUGCCAUCUUUCUCUGGGGCUACUUUGCUUAA